AUGAAGACCAAGGGGCACCACCAAGCAAACGACACCAUGAAGACCAAGGGGCACCACCAAGCAAACAACACCAUGAGGACCAAGGGGCACUACCAAGCAAACAACACCAUAAAGACCAAGGAGCACCACCAAGCAAAGGACACCAUGAAGACCAAGGGGCACCACCAAGCAAACGACACCAUGAAGACCAAGGGGCACCGCCAAGCAAACAACACCAUAAAGACCAGGGAGCACCACCAAGCAAACGACACCAUGAAGACCAAGGAGCACCACCAAGCAAACGACACCAUGAAGACCAAGGGGCACCACCAAGGAAACAACACCAUAAAGACCAAGGAGCACCACCAAGCAAACGACACCAUGAGGACCAAGGGGCACCACCAAGCAAACGACACCAUGAAGACCAAGGGGCACCGCCAAGCAAACAACACCAUAAAGACCAAGGAGCACCGCCAAGCAAACGACACCAUGAAGACCAAGGAGCACCACCAAGCAAACGACACCAUGAAGACCAAGGAGCUCUCCAAAGAGGCCAGGGACAACGUUGUGGAGAA